AUGGAAAUAGCGAUGCAAACAUUCAACGAUAACAUAGCUGCUACGUUACAAACAAUGACGUCAUCAAUUUCAGCUGACUUGAAACUGAUCAGCGAAGAAAUUAAAUCGAUUUCAACUACGUCUAAUGUAAUAAAUGAUGGUGCCAUCUCUGCUGACAUGUUAUAUAAUUGGCCAACAGCAGAGAUUAUGGGUGCGAUACACAAUUUAUCGGAAAAAGUUACUCAAUUAGAAUCCCUCCAACAUGCACCCGCUCUUAGCAUAGCUGAGGAAUUGAAUAAUGAUAUUGGCAAUGAUUAUUCGGGAUGGCGAUUCGUUGGUUCUACAAAGCGUUGGUCUGCUGACUGGAAGAAAUACGAUGAAAAAAUAAAACGACGCGAAAUGCAGGAACUUAAGGAAUUCAAGGCGUGGCGAAAUCGGAAGAAGCGCUCUCAACGUCAACUACGUGCUACUAUGAACAACAACUACAUCAACAACAACAACAACAACAGGAGUCACAAUCAUAACAGAGGAUCAAAUAACUAUAACAGUAAUAAUAACCGGACUAAUAUCAACAACCGUAGAAAUAUUAACAACAACAACAACAACAACAACAACAACAACAACAACAACAACAACAACAACAACAACAACAACAACAACAACAACAACAACAACAACAACAACAACAACAACAACAACAACAACAACAACAACAACAACAACAACAACAACAACAACAACAACAACAACAACAACAACAACAACAACAACAACAACAACAACAACAACAACAACAACAACAACAACAACAACAACAACAACAACAACAACAACAACAACAACAACAACAACAACAACAACAACAACAACAACAACAACAACAACAACAACAACAACAACAACAACAACAACAACAACAACAACAACAACAACAACAACAACAACAACAACAACAACAACAACAACAACAACAACAACAACAACAACAACAACAACAACAACAACAACAACAACAACAACAACAACAACAACAACAACAACAACAACAACAACAACAACAACAACAACAACAACAACAACAACAACAACAACAACAACAACAACAACAACAACAACAACAACAACAACAACAACAACAACAACAACAACAACAACAACAACAACAACAGCAGCAGCAGCAACAACAACAACAACAACAACAACAACAACAAUCACAACAACAACAACAACAACAACAACAACAACAACAACAACAAUCACAACAACAACAACAACAACAACAACAACAACAACAACAACAACAACAACAACAACAACAACAACAACAACAACUACAACAACAGCAACAACAACAACAACAACAACAACAACAACAACAACAACAACAGAAAUUACAACAACAACAAUUACAACAGAAAUAACAACAACAGCAACAGGAAUAACAAUAACAGCAAUAGGAAUAACAACUACAACUACUACAGGAAUAACAACAAUAUCAACAGAAAUAAUUACAACAACAAUAGGAAUAACAGCUAUAUUUCUUUCGAUCAUCCACAACACAAUAACAUCAGCAAUCAUCGAAAUCAUCUUCCCCCGGAUAGAGUACUACUUGCGGCUGCUAGACAUCACUUUUCUGGACCACCUUUGAGACCUGCAAUACAAUUUCAGCGGGGAGAAACGCUCAACUCUUACACAACAAAUGAUGAACCGCAACGACCGAUGGCAUCUAAUUCUUCUGCUACACAUUGUAUGGCUUGCUCGCAGCAACACUCGUGUUUUUGA